AUGCAGCCGCUCCCGCCGCCGGUGCCCGGGCCCCUGGCCCUGCUGGACACGACAGAAGGGUUUGCGAGAAGAAAGAAGACUUCCCUGUGGUUUGUGGGGUCUCUGCUGGUGGUGUCCACCUCCAUCCUGACCGUCGGCCUGGCUGCCACCACCAGGACGGAGAACGUGACCAUGGGCGGCUACUACCCCGGGAUCAUUCUGGGCUUCGGAUCUUUCUUAGGAAUUAUUGGCAUCAACCUGGUGGAGAAUAGAAAGCAAAUGCUGGUGGCGGCCAUCGUGUUCGUCAGCUUCGGCGUGGUGGCCGCCUUCUGCUGCGCCAUCGUGGACGGCGUGUUCGCUGCGCGGCACAUCGAGCCCAGGCCCCUCACCGCAGGAAGGUGCCAGUUUUACUCCAGUGGGGUCGGCUACCUGCACGACGUCUACCAGACGGAGGUCACCUGCCACUCCCUGAACGGUCGGUGCCAGCUGAAGGUGAAGAGCAACACCUGCUACUGCUGCGACCUCUACGACUGCCAGAGCGCCGAGCACCCGCCCACCUACUACGAGUUCGUGGGCGUCCGCGGCUGCCAGGACGUGCUCCACCUGUAUCGGCUGCUCUGGGCCUCGGCGGCACUGAAUGUCCUAGGCCUGUUCCUGGGCAUCGUCACCGCGGCCGUCCUGGGGGCCUUCAAGGACAUGGUCCCGCUGCCCCAGCUGGCCUACGGCCCAUCCACAGCGCCUCAGGUCCUCUACAACCCCGCCCAGCAGAUCCUGGCCUACACAGGCUUCUGCCCGGUGCCCCCGGCUGUCCCCACCUGCUCGUCGUACCCGCUGCCCCUGCAGCCCCCUGGUGGCUUCCCGGCCUCACCUGGCUCUGACCUCUCUCUGUCCGAGGAUGUGCAGCUUCCGUCCCAGCCCGGCUCCAGCUGCCGGCCCCCCCCGAAUGCCCCCCCCAUCUUCACCCUCACCCACUUCCUCCCCGGGGAGAAGCCUCCCCCCUACGCGCCAUGA